GCCUCAGGCAAUGCUCCUGCCUGGGCCUCCCAGAGUGCUGGGAUUAUAAGCAUGAGCCACUGCACCUGGCCCAUUCAAAUCAUUUUUGAAAUCUGGACUUCCUAGAGGCCCCAGAACUAUUUUCAUUUGUCUUAACUCUGUCUGUUUUACUGCUCUCACUGCGUCCUAUUUCUCUGUCCCUGUUUCUCUUAUACAGGAGCGAACCACUUCAGUAUGUGGUAGGGAAGAGGCAUUUGCUGAAUGCAGACGAAUAUCUCUUCCGAUCCUGGUUUAGCCUGCUGCCUCUGAGUGACUUGGCUCAGUAUAUGAAGAGCUUCGUUGAAUACCUGGGCCAUUUUCCUGUUGGUGACUGUCUUCUGGGGACUUACUACCGGCUGGGAGGACUUACGAAAAUCUCUCACCAAAAUCUGAAGGAUGUUGAAAGUGUUUUAAAAAUGCUGUUGCACCUCCUGGGCGCUUACCACCACAACAUUCCCGAGGAGACCUUGUCACAGUCCUACCCGGCCGUGUGCCUGAGGCUGCACGAGGCCGUCUGCGGCGUCACCAAUACCGUGGACUUUUAUGAGAUUCCCGCCUUGUCGGCCGAGAUCAUCCGCACUGUUGUCGCUCUUCAGCCCGCCGUGGACUCAGGAGGACGCGGGAAGGAAGCCGGGAAGAGUUCGGUUCCGACAUUCUCCCAGAGGACUCUGGCUGCUACUAGAGCUUGGCUCCACAGAAUUCUUAAGAAGAACAUGUUCCAGGAGACACGUUCAUCUGUCUCACUCACUUAUUCUGAGGAAAUCCAGGUCUGGCGGCGGCUGGUGGAAAUAGACUUCCCCGCGGAGCACGGUUGGAAGGAGUCGUUGCUGGGAGACUUGGAAGGGCGGCUCAAACAGGUACCAAAGUUGGGGGACGUUCGUCCCGGCGGCCACUUGGUCCGGUCCGUACAGUCCCGAAGCAAUGGGCUGGUGACCUCCUCGGCGCUCCGAGUGGCCUACAGCAGGGCCGAGUGA